AUGAUUAUCGAACUGACAUCCUGCACACCAGAAGACUGGGAUACACUGGAUGAAGGGCGCACUACUUACUAUUUGCCCCAUCAUCCUGUGUUUAAAGAGUCUAGCUCAACGACCAAGGUACGGGUAGUGUUCGAUGGAUCAGCGAAAACCACCACAAGUCACUCGCUCAACGACACUCUACUUACGGGUCCAGUAAUUCAGGACGAUCUGCUGGACAUCCGUUUUCGCAAGCACGCCGUCGCGUUAGUUGCAGAUGUGGCCAAAAUGUAUAGGCAGGUACGCAUUCACCCGGAGGACGCGUCGCUUCAACGGAUCCUGUGGCACUUCGAUCAGGCUGAACCGAUCAAGGUGUACGAGCUACAGACGGUCACUUACGGUUUAGCGCCAUCAUCUUUCCUUGCCACUCGCGUACUUAAACAGCUUGCCAUAGACGCCGGUGACAAAUACGAGUACGCUGGUCCUGCUGUAAAGAAAGAUUUCUAUAUGGACGAUUUUCUUUCCGGAGCGGAAUCGAUUUCGAAGGCGAAACGUUUGCAAAGCGAAGUUCAAUCCCUUAUGGCUGAAGGCGGAUUCGAUUUGCGGAAGUGGAGCUCUAAUCAACCGGAGGCUUUAGCCGACUUACCUUCCACAGCUCUAGAGGAGCAAUCCACGCUACAUUUCGAUGCAGAAACAAAGGUGAAGACGCUUGGAGUAGUGUGGGAGACAGGAACGGACCAACUGUGUGUUGAGAUACGAGCAACGGAAUAUGACGAUCAAUGGACAAAAAGGAAGAUAUUUUCGGAAAUUGCGCAAUUGUACGACCCGCUUGGUAUCGUGUCACCUGUGAUUGCUUGGGCAAAAAUUCGGAUGCAACACCUCUGGUCAGUUAACGUCGACUGGGAUGAUCCGAUUCCCCGCGAGAUCGAAUCUAAAUGGAAUGAUUUCCAUUCACAGCUGCCUCUACUAAAGCAAUACAAAGUUCCCCGUUAUAUAUUUUCAUCGCAAGCUACAACGGAUCAGUUCCAUGUUUUCUGCGACGCAUCUGAAGUAGGCUACGGAGCAUGUAUUUACGCUCGCUCAGCCAGCAAGGAAGGUAAAGCUCAAAUCCAGCUCAUUGCGGCAAAAUCAAGAGUCGCGCCAAUCAAACGUCUUAGUUUACCGCGCCUUGAGCUGUGUGCUGCAUUAUUGGGUGCCAAACUCUAUACUAGAGUAUCCGCAGCGCUGGGGAUGGAGGGAAAUCCUUGCUGGUUCUGGUCGGACUCGAUGGUCACGUUGCACUGGAUCGCAGCACCACCAAACACUUGGCAAACGUUUGUGGGCAAUCGCUCAUCGGAAAUCCAGCUGCUGACACACGGACACCCCUGGUACCACGUGAAUGGUACGGAUAAUCCGGCGGAUCACGUUUCGCGUGGUAUGCUGCCGGCAGUUUUCAUCGUCAACGUUCUUUGGAGGAGUGGUCCCGGAUGGCUAGCAGACGAAGUGGAUAAAUGGCCAAAACAUGCAAACCCUCUUCUUCCAAACGAGGACAUCCUGGAACGAAAGAAAACGGUUUUAGUGGUUCAGUCAACGUCGCAGGAAAACCCGUUAUUUGACGUUAUUUGA